AUUGUAACCCUGUUAUACAUGUCUUUGAGGAAACUCAUAUAGGUUUGAUGAACUUCCGUACAUUCUGUUCGUGCAGCGUUUGCUGAAUUAUUUGAAAUUUGUACUAUAGGUCAAAAGCUGCGUUGUUCGGGGUAACGUGUUGACGAUCAGCUGUGCGGUGGUUACGUAAGAAUGUUACAUAUUCCUGGGUGAUUUAGACCUGAUACACCUGUCAUUUCUUAUGUUAUAGGAUCUUCACGUACGCGUGAUCCGUUUGAGGCCGUAGGCCUACCAGCCAUGUCGUCGUAAUCUACUUCGUAGUUUUUCUGAUCGCUUCGUUUUCGAGCUCGUUCGUCCACCAUCUGACCAUGUCAAACCAAGCGAUCGUGAAGAUGCUGAGGGGUGAGGUGACUUACCCCUCACCAGCUGAUGGGGGCAAGAACGCCACUCCUCCCAAUGGUUACAGCUCUGGUAACAGUACAUACAGACAAACCUCCACAUCGUCGUCUCUCGCGACCACCACUGCUUCACAGGCUUCCUUGUUGAUCCCUUCGGCGAGCAUGAGAACAACGAGGGCUAAUGUUGGUCUACCGACGAUGCCUCGACCAGACAGCUACUAUCGGAAGAAGACGAUCAUAGGGGAGUUUAAACGUCUGAAAUCGGCGAUUACGGCUGAUAAGGAGAAGCAGGACAUGGAGAAGGUCGAUCUUGGAGAGGAGGAGGAGGAGGAGAGAGAACAGUGGGGUCAUAAGAUGGACUUCAUCCUCUCCUCCGUAGGGUAUGCUGUUGGUUUGGGUAACGUUUGGCGGUUCCCGUACCUCUGCUUUAAGAACGGAGGGGGGGCGUUUCUCAUCCCGUACAUCAUUUUCCUGGCCAUCGCUGGUGCCCCUCUCUUCAUCAUGGAAUUCUCCAUCGGACAGUUCUCAAGUCUGGGCUGCAUCGGAUGUUGGAAUGUGGUCCCGCUCCUCAGAGGAAUGGGUAUUGGCAUGAUGGUCCUAUCAGGGUUAGUGGCCAUCUACUAUAACGUCAUCGUAGCCUGGACCAUCUAUUAUAUGGGAGCAUCCUGCCAAUCUACGUUGCCUUGGUCCAACUGCGACAACUCCUGGAACACCGAAAACUGUUUCGAUUCCAGUAUAUACAACGGCACAUUCAACCUGACUCAGUCGGUCCGCCCCAGCGAAGAAUACUGGACGUACCGAGUUCAUCGUCUGACAGACGGGAUUGAUGAUAUGGGCACAAUGAACUGGGAUGUAUUCGGAGCUUUCCUCGCUGCUUGGAUCAUUGUCUAUUUGUGUAUCAUCAAAGGAGUCAAAUCAGCAGGAAAGGUGGUUUACUUCACGGCUACCUUCCCGUACAUCGUUCUCUUCAUUCUGCUCAUCCGUGGUGUCACUCUCCCUGGUGCUGCCAAGGGAAUCAUCUUCUACCUCAAGCCAGACUUCCAGAAGCUUGCUAGCCCAGAGCCAUGGAAGGAUGCUGCAAACCAGAUAUUCUACUCCCUUGGUAUGUCAUUCGGUAGUCUCAUCACCUUUGCCAGCUACAACAAGUUCAAGAACAACUGUUAUAAGGAUGCUAUCAUGGUCUCAUUCAUCAACUGUGGGACGAGUAUCUUCGCUGGUUUCGUCAUCUUCUCCGUCUUGGGUUUCAUGGCACAGGACAGUGGGCUCGAAGUCAAAGACGUAGUCGCCUCCGGUCCUGGUCUUGCGUUCAAGGUGUACCCUGAAGCUCUGUCUCGCCUGCCCGUUCCCCAGCUCUGGUCUAUCUUGUUCUUCUUCAUGCUGCUGACUCUAGGAUUAGACAGUCAGUUCGCCAUGUCUGAAGCAUUGAUCACUGCCAUCGCCGAUGAAAUGAGUCCUGCCCAGAGGAAGAAGUGGAAGUGGCUUGUUACCCUUGGUGUCUGUGUCGCUCUGUUCCUCUGUGGUAUACCCAUGUGCAUGAAGGGUGGUUUGUAUGUGUUCACUCUCAUGGACUGGUACUCAGCAUAUUUCUCGCUGUUCAUCAUCUCAUCUUGCUACUCUCUGUGUCUUUGCUACAUCUAUGGUCUGAAGCGAUUUGUUGGUGACAUCCGGGCAAUGAUUGGUUAUGACGUCUUCAUCUAUUGGCAGAUAUGUUGGGCUGUGCUUUCACCGCUGGCUAUGCUGCUCAUCGUUGUAUUGGGCUUUGUAUUCUACGUACCUGCUUACUACGGCGAUUACGUCUUCCCAGAUUGGGCCCAGGCCAUCGGUUGGUUAAUGGCGUUUGCUUCUUUCCUUGUCGUCCCUGCUUAUUCGAUCUAUGCAAUGAUCUUCCUAGCCGAAGGCACUUUCCUCAAGCGUGUAUCGUUCUUGAUGAAACCUACAUGGGACUGGGGUCCUGCAUCGAACGUUGACCGUAUUGAUCACGGCUACAAGCCUUUCCCUCCUGGUCGCGGCGGGCGUAUACCAGUUGGCUACACGGGAGAGUAUGCUACGGAGGCUGACGACGCUGCGGCAUACACUUCGUCAAAUGGAGUAUCCUUCAUCUCCGGCAAAUACACCCCGACCGAAGAGGGACGGGAGGCUGAUACCGCUUCGAAUGGAACUCCUCCUCCUGAUUACAAUACAGUUGCUUAAGGUUGUUCUUAGAAAAACAAUAAGCACAAAGGCUUUUCAGAAACCCAUUCUGUGGCGAUUUCAGUUGCCUCUAGCGUAUUGCCUAUAUUGAAAUGUGUUCCAUGCCCGCUAUGUAUAUAGGAGGCGUCGUUUUAUUGACGUACCGCUGCGUCAGCAGCAGUACUGAUGUAGUUUUUGACGCUCAAUAUGAGCGUCACAUCGCACAAAAAGUGAAUGCAAAAUUCAUACUGCAAACAUUUCGUUGCGUAAUUAACGUACAUAAUUAUGCGCUAAUUCACUUAUCAGGACUGUUUAGAGUAGCUAAUUAUAACGCAAUAGAAAUGACGCAGCGUGUGCGAUGGGCAUGGCAGUCACCUCCUACAUAAUCCGCACAUAUUCUUUGUAGGCAAUGCAGUAGGAUGUUGAAAUGGCCCUAGAGUAGCUUGCUUGAAAUUCUUUGCGAUCGUGUAAUGGUUCUGAAACCACAUUUAAUAUAACCAAAUAUCCCGCUGUUUAUUUCCCCAAAUCGUAAAUCUUUAAUGAUGAAUAUAUUUCAAAGAGCCUGUUCCAUUUUCAUAAUCUUAUCUUUUUUAAUUGUGUCGUUGGUCAUAUAAAAUCCCAAACAGUAAUGUUCUACAGUAUUGCUGAUUACUAUACCAAGUAAAUGUAAAUGUGUCGACAAAAUAUUAUUGUAGGCUAUUGUAGACUAAUUAUAAGGAAAACCGCUUUUCAAUCUGUUAUGAAGCUCGCCAAUCUGUUAUGAGGCUCGACAAGGAACUGUUGUAUUCAUGGUGUGUGGUAGAAUCUAUUUCAUGUAUAACAUUUUUGUUGUUGAAAUAUAGAUUAACAAUCUGUAUAUAUUUUUAUAGUGGAAAAAGAUUUUCUAGUAUAUAUACCAUAAGUACUUCUUUAUGCGUCUUUCAUUCGAUUUGAAAGCUGCAUUGUUUUUGGAAUGUUUUUUUAUGUGUACUUCUCGUCAAAAUCUGUGCAUUUUCUUCGUCGAUACUUCUUUGUGAGUUGAGAAUGAUUUUGUUCGGUUAAAAAUAAGCAGCUAAAUUCAACAUUCGUUAUAUUUCUUUUUUUUUUAUAUAUAUAUCAAACUUUCUUUUUCAUUCUCUUUCUCAUCACCAACUCUCUUACGUUAACCCUCUCUCUCGUUUUCUGUGCCAAAUAUAUUUUUCGCCAUAGGUAUACCUGUCUGAUCGACUUACUAACUAUUACCAUUUGUAUGCAGUGAAGGGUCUAGUGUAAAGGAUUAUCUGACUGGCGGAGGGGGGGGGGGGGGGGAUUAACAAGUACGAAAAUUUUUGAAAAAUGCAGACAAGCUAAAAUGGGGGUCCAUAUUUUAGCUAAUUUUACCUCGAAAUUCUCCGAUGACAAAAGGAAACCUGAUUUUUUUCUUUCUAGAGCCCUUUUAGGUCUGAUUAUCUGCACUCAUACCACAUUCGGUUUUAGCAGAGACAUGCGUCACGUGUCAUCACAGUUUAUGUGCUUUUAUUUACAAAUUAUCUUACCAAAACAUGCAAUCAUAAUCGUUUUCGGUCUAAUUAUUGCUUUCCAGAUCACGUAUGGGUUAUUUUUUGUUAACUUGAUGUGUAUAGUAUGCCAGAUCGGGUUUUGCUGGGAGCACAUGCCCCCUCCCUCCCCCGUUGAUCCGCUACUGGUACAAUCUCCUGAAAUAGCAUUAUAAGUGUAGCUCAUCCUUCAUUUUCUAAUUUAACUCGUAUUUUCAUUAUUUGUUUGGAUGGUUUUUAUGCUCAUAUUACUUCUCUCAGAAAGACGAAUGUCGUAUGAGAAAUAGGAGAAAUUGUUUGCAUAUUGCACCCCACCAUUUAAUGUUUCAUGUUAUACAGUUAUAUUAACACAGUCUUUCACAUUAAGCUUUCGUGUUUUAACGGAGAUAAGAGAAGUGUUUCCACUAUUUGUAUAUGUAUAAUCAAAAAUUAUAUUUUUUUCUUCAUCUACUUUAUUGUAUUUUCUUAAGUAAUCAAAACAGGGUACGAAUAUGCUCAAAUUAUCAGCCUUAAUGUUAAAAAAUAAAACGGAUAUAGAAAUCUAAAUCGAAUUUGAAGUACUAUUGUAAUCGUUAACAAUAUGUAUAUUACGUUUAAGAAUGCACACAAUUUAUGGGAUGUGGUUUUAUAUAUAAUCAGAUGUGUUUAUGAAAUUGACAUAGCUUUUUACAGUAUUUUUUCUUUUUGACUUUGAAUGAAGAUAAAGUGAUAGAAUGUGAACAAGACAGUAUAAGGCA